AUGAACGGACAUAUGAAUGCUAAUCUGAUUCAUAUGGCUUUACUUCAGCAACAACAAAUGUUAGUGGAACUUGAAAUUGAACAGAUAGUUUACAGGUUGAGGCGCAGAAGAAGGCCAAGGAGAUACUGGGUACGGCCAUGGCUAUCUGCAGAUAGGAGGCUCCAGUUUGGACAGUAUGACACACUUCUGCGAGAACUCAGAAUGGAAGACACCAAUUCUUUCUUCAACUUUUUGAGGAUGGAACCAGCGAUGUUUGAUGAUCUGCUCCAGAGAGUUGGGCUCAGGAUUCAGAAGAAAGAUACAGGCUGGAGGAAAGCGCUUGAACCAGGUGUCAAGCUUGCUAUUACUAUCAGACAUCUCGCUUCAGGAGAUAAGUACCCUAGUUUAAUGUAUAACUUCAGAGUGCCUAAGAAUACGAUAGCGUGUCUCAUUCCUGAGGUCUGCCAGGCUAUUUGUGCAGAAUUUAAAGACAAAGUAAUAAAAUGUCCAACAACUCCAGAUGAAUGGUCUCUCAUAGCAGACGAGUUCAAGAACAGAUGGAAUGUCCCACAUGCAUGCGGGGCCCUGGAUGGCAAACACGUGGCCAUUAGAUGUCCCCCGAACAGUGGCUCGCUUUACCACAAUUACAAGCACUUCUUUUCCGUAGUGCUACUAGCACUGGUAGAUGCUGAUUAA